AUGCCUCCACGUAUUCAACGGUUCCGUAUCAAACUUAUGCGAUACCAAUUCAACGUGGUCUACGUUCCGGGCAAACAGCUAGCCACUGCGGAUACUCUUUCAAGGGCUCCAGACGAGAAGCCGUCGAUCAGCCUAGUGGAUGUGGUAGAAGAGUUCGUGGAAUUCCAAGUUGCAGCGAUCACUGACACGAAGCUGGUUACUGCAGAUGAUGUCCGCAGGCACCAAGAACAGGAUGGUGAAUGCAACCAGCUCGUCAAGUACUGCACCCAGGGCUGGCCUCGUCGAGACAGGCUUCCGGAGCACAUGAAGAAAUACUGGAACCAUCGAGGUGAUCUCUCUUUGUGCAGCGGCAUCCUGCUAAAAGGCAAUCGAUUUGUCAUCCCGACUUCGCUGCAAAAGGAUACGCUCGAACUUAUCCAUGAAGGCCACCAGGGAAUUAACCGAUGCCGGCUGAGAGCACAGGAUUCCGUGUGGUGGUACGGACUUUCGCAGCAAAUACGGGACAGAGUCAGUCGCUGCAGGCAGUGCGCAGCCACACGAGCGCAACGAAGUGAGCCAUUGGUUGUAACGAAAACUCCAUUGCAACCAUGGCAAGAAGUAGGAAUGGACUUAUUUAGUCACAGGGGACACAACUACCUACUAGUAGUUGAUUAUCGUUCUCGCUACCCUGAAGUCAUCUACAUGCGAAGCACGAACUCUGAGGCGGUUAUCAAUGCUGUCAAAAGCAUUUUCUCUCGUUUUGGCAUCCCCGAAGUUGUACGAAGCGACAAUGGACCGCAGUUCGCUUCACACGCAUUUGCAGCUUUCGCGAAGCACUAUGGCUUCCAACACAUCACCUCGAGUCCAAACUACCCGCAGUCUAACGGGGAAGUAGAAAGGAUGGUGCGCACGGUCAAAGAAAUGUUCGAGAAAGCAGAUGAUCCUUUUCUGGCACUUCUGUCUUACAGAGACACUGCAGGCGUCACAGGGUUUAGCCCAGCGCAGCUACUGAUGGGUCGCAGCCUGCGAACCAGGCUUCUCAAGCCAGCGGAUUGCCUGGAACCGAAGUGGCCUGCGCCUGACGUUGUCAAGCGCCAAGACGAGGAGGUAAGAAGGCGGCAGAAGAAAGACUUUGAUCGCCGUCGUGCUGCGACCGUCCUUCCUCCGCUGGAGCCGGGGGACACGGUGUGGGUUCGAGACAUCAAGGAAACGGCGUGCGUUCUCAGCCCAGCCUCGAAGCCCCACUCGUACGUCGUGGAAACACCAACCGCGGUGCUUGUGCGUAAUAGGGUGCAUCUAGUGCCCUAUUCGGACCCAACGACGAGCCAACUCAACGAGUCAGCAUCGAGGGAAAACAGCGAGGGGCACGAAGACCAAGCCACCGUUACAGACGCCACGGCAACAGCGACGCCACAAGUCUCCAAUGAAUGCGGAGUGCGAGUCACCAGAUUUGGUCGCCGAGUUAAGACUCCGAAAAGACUUGACUUGUGA